CCUCAUCUGACCGUCCAAAACCUCCCCCUCUGAACUAAAAACACACAAACAAACAAAAAAUCCAUCACCAUUCUUCAAUGGAGCCUUCACGCAAACUCUCCAUGACCGCCGCCGUUCUCCUGCUGCUCAUCGUCGCCACCGAGAUGGGGACGGUGGUGCAGGCGAAGCUGUGCCAGAAGGAGAGCAGCGAGUUCAGAGGGGUGUGCAUCCGGUCGCAGAACUGCGCCAACAAGUGCAAGCUGGAGGGCUACGUCGACGGCAAGUGCAGGUACCUGACGCGCCGCUGCUUCUGCACCGUGGAGUGCGGCAGCGACCACGGCGGCCUGACGCCGCCGGCGCCGGAGUCCGGCCGGAGUCUCCGUCGAACGAAUGAAUGAAUGAUCGAUGAAACUAUAACUGAUGAUGUGGUUUGUUCACCGGGUUGCAGCUACCAAAUGUAGAACCUGAUCGCUUGCUGUGGUAAUGGCUAGGAUUGUGAUUUGUUCAUUGGUGUGUCGGAUGUGUAUGCUCGAAUGAUCUGAAUAAAAUUGGUGAAAACAGUUAAAGACAAUUUGCUGUGUUCGCUGCCUGACGCAAUUGCAGCAAAUUU